GCACCCGGAAGUGGCCACCGGCGGUGUGAGCCCCCGCUUAGGGUGCGGCGGGGAGCGGGAGGAGAGCGGCGGCCCCGGACGCUGCCGAGCCGGCUGACCUAAUCUGAGCGUUUCCUAAACAUCAUGGGAGAGAUUAAGGUCUCUCCUGACUACAACUGGUUCAGAAGCACAGUUCCUCUUAAGAAGAUAAUAGUAGACGAUGACGACAGCAAAGUCUGGUCGCUGUAUGAUGCUGGGCCUCGGAGCAUUCGCUGCCCGCUCAUAUUCCUCCCUCCUGUAAGUGGAACUGCAGAUGUGUUUUUCCAGCAGAUUUUGGCACUGACCGGCUGGGGCUACAGAGUUAUCGCUUUGCAGUAUCCAGUGUACUGGGAUCACCUGGAGUUCUGUGAUGGGUUCAGAAAACUGCUGGACCACCUUCAGCUGGAUAAAGUUCACCUUUUUGGAGCAUCUCUGGGAGGUUUUUUGGCUCAGAAGUUUGCUGAAUACACACACAAAUCUCCCAGAGUUCAGUCUCUGAUCCUGUGUAAUUCCUUUAGCGACACUUCUAUCUUCAAUCAGACCUGGACAGCAAACAGCUUUUGGCUAAUGCCUGCUUUUAUGCUGAAAAAAAUUGUCCUUGGGAAUUUUGCAUCUGGUCCUCUGGAUCCUGAGAUGGCCGAUGGGAUCGAUUUCAUGGUGGACAGGCUGGAGAGCCUGGGCCAGAGCGAGCUCGCCUCAAGACUUACCCUCAACUGCCAGAAUUCCUAUGUAGAACCUCAUAAAAUUCGGGACAUCCCUGUAACCAUUAUGGACGUGUUUGACCAAAGCGCGCUUUCGACUGAAGCAAAAGAAGAGAUGUAUAAGCUUUAUCCUAAUGCCAGAAGAGCUCAUCUCAAAACAGGAGGCAACUUCCCCUAUCUCUGCAGGAGUGCUGAGGUCAACCUGUAUAUUCAAAUCCAUUUGCUGCAGUUCCAUGGUACCCGGUACGCAGCCAUCGAUCCCUCUAUGGUCAGUGCAGAAGAGCUGGAAGUCCAGAAGAUCAGUCUUCACUCCAGCAAUGAACAAGAGCAGUAGGUCUUGGAGCACUGGUGAAAAAUGAGGAAAUGGUUCCGUGGUCUUCCUGUGUAUGAGCAACUGUUCCCACUCUGCCCUUUCCCCUGCGUUAGCCGAUUAUCACUGUGUGACUCCAGCAGGAUCAGUCAGUGAUCUGCCUGUGGACAGUAACCUCCAGCAGUCCAAUGGGAUAGAGCUGUUUAACUUUUAGUCUUUGAAUUGAAGGAAGCAUCUUUGAAGACUACAGUUUUAAAAACAAAAGACACUUUUUGCUACCAAAGUCCUCACUGUCAUGUUCUUCAGCAGAGCAGCAUUUCUUUUUAUACUCUUCACUCAGCUGUAUAUAUUGCCACAUGCAAAUUGUGUACUUAGAAGCCACCAUAUAUUUUUGUUGAAUAUUUGGUUUAAGUGACAAGGUUGCCAUCACUUAUUUGCCUUGUAUGUUGUGUUGUAAGUUAGUUUGUUUCUAUUGGAAAUAAAGCACUUGAAUUUUUAACUUUCUUGCUGUUUAAAAGAUGGUUUUCAAUAAAACUUCACUUUCA